UCAUACAAAAAUCAUCACUAAAAACACAAUUGUUCCUGAGUGGCAGGUAGCAGUGGUGUGCAUUCACCAGUUUUCUCGUACUUAAUAUUUUCUCCUUGUGUUUGUAGGUACACAUCCGUCACACUACUAAUAUACUGUCCAGAUAUUCUGCCUUUCUUCGAAGGAAGAAAUACCUUUGUUUGAAACAAAAAUCAUAAUUCAUUUGAUUUAAAUCAAUAUUAAAUUUAAAUAUCAGUCAACACAAUGAAUAUCUUGCAAAAUCAAUAUUCUGUCCACAAUACCAACACCAUGGCAGGCCAAUUUACUACAAAGUUCAAAAACUUUAUUUUAGAUUGUAUGGUUUUAUUGGCAUCUCUCUCUCUGAAAGAUGUCUCAGGAUGCUUGUCCAGGUGGACAUCCUUUCUUAAAAUAUACUAUACUAUAAUGUAAACCUACAAUAUUCCCUCGUACAUCGUCAUGACUGUCACAUCUCUAUGACCGCCUCCCUCAUGGGCUCUUACUUUUGAGACAUGUUUUGUAUUAUCUAUAGAAUCUAAUUUAACUUUAUUUGAAAAAGACAAAAUCUCAACAGCAUUGCCUCUUUCCAAAAAAUAAUGACCUGUUUACUCAAGAUAAUCCACAAACUGUUGUAAGCAGUUUCAUGGAGGAACUAUUUUCUUAAUACUGAACCACAUCCACCGGCGUGAAUCAACUGCGACACAGCCCACCAGCUAUAACGUUUAUAGAAUAGUUCCUACAUGACAUUUCACACAAGUUUUCUCACAAGUUCCGUGGGUUAUCUUGAGUAACCAAGUCAUGCUUUCUGGAGACAUUACUGUUGAGUUUUUUCAAAUGUAUAUCUUGGUGCUUUGAGCACCACAGGCCUAGUGCCACCCAGUUAGACUAUAUUAGAGAGAAGGCAGACAUCUCUGGCUGAUAUCUCCUACUGGCAGCAGAAAAAAAUCUCAGAGUGUAAAUAAGACUACAGGUAAGACAAAAAACUGUAUUUUUGAUGUGGGGGUAAAGUGUGCCUUUAAUUUCUGUCACAGCACAAGGCUACAUUUUCUGAUUAGUUUGCUAUGAUUGAUUUUCGACUGCAGGACUUCAAACUGCAAACUGGGAAAUAGCAGCAACUGUAAAUUAAAUUUCUGAACAAAUAGCUUUCUGAAUAGUUAGAUGGGGGUGGGGUCGUUUAUGCUAAAGAUCAAAUUUUACCAGAGACAUGCAUUUCCUCAUUAACAAUUGGCACCAUCCUGAAACUUGACUGGGGUUUAUUCACCAAACCCCAAAUAAAUCUCUUCCAUUUGUACCCAAACUGGCAACUAAAAGGAGUACAGACUUUUACAUCAUGUUAAGGAUACGGUAAAGUGCUUUAUUCUGAGUAAGACCAGUUUUAUUUUGAAGGCUAAAUUAUUCCAAUCCGCAUGUACCACUUUAAGUUUCGUUUCUGAAACAGCUGCCUGGCAUUGUUGGAUCUGCUCACGGAGCUCGUCACCUGUCACCAUUCUCAAUUAUAUAGAAGAUAAGGAGCUACCUCAGCAGACCAGCUGUCCACAAUGAAUUCCUUACUAACCAGCAGGCAGCAGAAAUCAAUCUGCUCUCAGCUGGGAAGCGUCAGACUCCAGCUGCUGUACAAGGCCAGCAUCCAUGGUUUCACUGGCCCAGCCUUCCACCAACGAUGUGACAACCGCUGCCCAACGGUGUCUGUGGGUUACAACGCCUCUGGUUAUGUGUUUGGAGGCUUCACCAAACAACCGUUUAGUCAGUCUGGACAUUAUGUGAAUGAUGACCAGGCCUUUCUUUUCACCUUCAGUGGAGAAAAGCUACUCAAAUAUCCAGUCACCACUCCCGCUAAUGCAGUCAGAAUGAUCGCUAACUCAGGUCCAUAUUUUGGAGAAGCGUUGGUUCUUGUCAAUGGCAGCAAAGCUGUAGUCUAUAGCAGUCCAGGAAAUUAUUACAACUUCACUGCUGCAGAAAUGCACGGCAACGACCUCAACCUGACUGAAUGUGAAGUCUAUCAAGUUGAAGAAACUACAGAACUUGAGAGGCCAUGGAGGAGUAUAAACUGGGAAUCUCAGAACAAAAAGGAGCUAAUGGAGAGUAUUAAAAUGUACAAACCAACAAUCAGCUCUGUGUCCCAGGCUCGGGUUCUGCUCAUUGGACCAGUUGGAGCUGGAAAGUCCAGCUUCUUCAAUUCAAUCAACUCUGUAUUCAGAGGCCACGUCACCAGUCAGGCCAUUGCUGGCUCCUCUACCACCAGUCUCACCACACAGUUUCGCACCUUCUCAGUGAAAGCUGGUCGAGAAGGGAAAUCUCUGCCAAUCAUCUUUUGUGAUACCAUGGGAUUGGAGGAAAGCAGAGGGGCGGGGCUUGACAUAGAUGACAUCAACAGCAUCCUCAAAGGUCAUUUGCCAGACCGUUAUCAGUUCAAUCCCUCUGCUCCUCUGCAUUCGGAGGCUCACAGCUAUCGUAAGUCUCCAGGGCUUAAUGAUAAGAUCCAUUGUGUGGCCUACGUCAUUGAUGCCUGCAAAAUUUCCAUCAUGCCUGCAAAGCUGGAGGAGAAGCUGGCUGCUGUCCGCAAAAAGGUCAAUCUAAUGGGGAUUCCUCAGAUUGUCCUACUAACCAAAGCAGAUGAAGCUUGCCCUUUGGUGAAAGAAGACGUGAAAAACAUUUACAAAAGUGGCUACAUCAAGGAAAUGAUGCAGGAGGUCAGCGCACGGCUUGGAGUGCCAGUUUCUUGUGUUGUUCCGGUAAAGAACUACUGUGAGGAGCUGGAGUUGGACCAGAGCUGCGACAUCCUGCUGCUCAGCGCCGUAAUGCAGAUCCUUCGCUUCACAGAUAAUUACUUUGACGAGAUUAGUGACCAAUUAAGCACCACUGAUGUCAAAGAAUAACAAGACUUUGAGCAGCAGAUGUUUAUAUCUUGUCCAGCUCUAAUGAAAUGUCCAUCAGAAUGAUUUAUCCAUGCAUCCAUCUGUUUACCAGCAGGUGAUGCUGCAUAGUUCAGGUUCACUGUGCACUUCCUCCUCUGAGUUCUCCAAGCACCCCUUUGAAUUCUGGAGGAUGCAGUGCCUUCAAUAUGUCUUGGGACUGUAUGGCACCUCCAGUGUCUGAAUUCAGAAAUUCAGUGAAUUGAUCCUCACUUUGAUCGUCUCUCUCAGGCGCAAAUUUGUUUCUGAUGUGGUUGCAAAUUCUUUAAAUUAGUAGAAAAUCACUACAUUAUUAAGUGUUCAAAUGAUGUAACUAAUUUUAAUAUAACAUAUUUAACACUUUUAUUACAGUGUUGGCUCAUUUAGUAGGACAUUUCAUUACAUGUGUGACAAGUGAACACAUUAUUAGAUAUUACUGCAAGUAUGGAAAUGUGUUCAUUACUGCAUUAUAGCAUUUUUCACUCUUGCAUGAUCAUUCGUUGUUUCAGGGGAUUGAAGCUGAGGUCAUAGUCAGCAAGUACAAAGCAGUUUUUCAGAGCUAGCUCUUAUUGCCUUCAUAAGUCUUUCACAGAUAUAAUCACAUUUAUCAUUAUAGUAUGGUACAUGUUCUGUACAUUCAGCUUGUGCUUCAAGAUGUAAACGCACUCAAUGACAAUUAAAGUUUUUGCCGGCCAGAGAGGAUGCAAUGGUGCAUUUGGAAACUAAGAAAAUCAUUCAAGACCCUUAAUGAUUCCUAAAUUAAAUGAUUAUAUUUGGUAUUCUGUGUUUUAAUAGUAUUACAAAGUGCAUAGAUGGAUAGUAAAACUGAGGAUUAUUGGUGCAUGUCAGACAGCACAGAAUCAAAAAUAUACAAAAUAAAAGAACAAAUAAAAGACCAGAACAGACAAAAAAAAACCAACAAAAAAAUAACAAAAAACAAAACCCAGACAAACCAACAAAAACUGAACUUUCUACUCAGAUUAACUUUUAAAAAAUGCCUCUUGAAGUUGAAAUUAGAAUAUAACCUGCAACUAAUUCUGUAAUUAUUUUAAAGCAAGCAAACACACAUCUUGAAAUAAUGCUUAAAAUAUCAUGGGAGGAUGAUAAACUGGCAACUGAGUGUAUACCACUGUCCUGCUGUUGUACAUUGUAUCUGUUUCAUGGGAAAACGAAACUUAAAAGUUGUGUCUGUCAAGGCAGUCUAUAUGUAACUUCAACUUCCAGUGAUUAUUUUCAAAAUAAAAUAUUUAUCCGCGUGUUUAUGUUUGCACCAAAAGUGCACACACAAAAAAGUUUGGGAAUACAAAACCGUUAAUAAAAUGGCUAUGAGAGAAAGACACCACAGUUGUAGUUUAAAAAAAAAGUCUAAGAAAAAGAAAUGCACUCAGUCCGAAAUAAUAAUAACAAUACUUCCAAAAAAAAUAAAAUAAAGUAGUCAUAGUGGUGUUGAAUGGGUACAUCCUAGAAAGCACUCUCUAAACACACAUCAGUUUUCUUGAGGAAAAGGGGUUGAGCAUGUCUAUUAAAUACGCAAUUUACCAAAGGUACUUUCUGAAUGACGCUCAAAAUGUCUCAGCUGUUGUUUGAUUAUCACUUACACCCCAAUGAAGACAUAAAAAGUAAGGCUCUGGUGUUAUUUCCUCAUCCGAACUUAGAUGUAGACCGAAAAGUUUUGCUUUUUAGGGUCUUUCAAUUUAGUCAGUUGUUGAAAGAGCAAGCCAUGUAAUCAAUAAAGGCUUUUUGUCAAAACUCCACAUUA